AGGAAUGUUAAAUUUUUCAAGGUUGAGUAAAUGUGUGGCAGGACGGCUUGGUAAUAUGUAGUUUUAGUUUGAAUUACAUUUAGUGCUUUGGAACCGAGCACGAUAUGUGCCAAAUGUCAGCUUAAUCUUCGUAACAACAAAGAAAUAGGGCAACCUAACUGGCACAAUGCUCCUGGUGGUCAAAAGUAUAAUCCGUCAUAUAAUAUAUCUCCAGGAUCAUUCACACCAGUUCUAGUUUCAAACCAGUUCACUGAUACAAAGGAUAAAGGCCAUUCACUUCAGGUGAUGCGUUGGGGUUUAAUACCUGCGUUUAUUCAUGGGGACUCGACUUCCACUUUUCACACAUUCAACGCUCGUAUCGAAUCAUUAUUAGAUAAACGCUCUUACAAGUGUUCACUGCAAGAAGGCAAACGAUGUGUAGUUGUGGUUCAAGGAUUUUAUGAAUGGAAAGUUGGAAUCAAGAAAAAACAACCAUUUUAUUUUUGUCCUUCAGGUAAUCAUACUAAUAUUUUUUAGAUCUCUACUUAUGCUUGAAGAUCCUGACAAAUUGCUUAUGAUGGCAGGUUUGUUUGCUCAUAAUUAUGAGAAACAGAUGUAUUCAUAUACCAUAAUAACCACAAGUUCAAAGGGCAUCAUGGCAGAUGUGCAUUCAAGAAUGCCUAUCAUUUUAGAUAACGAUGAUGAUAUUUAUGAGUGGCUGGAUCCCGCUGAAUCCAAUUAUAAACAACUUCCACGUAAUGAAUAAGUAAACUAUAAUUUCAGGCAUAUCAAUUUCUCACCGAUCUUGCAGACAAUCUGGACAAUGUGUCUGUCAUUAAAUAUCCCGUUACAUCUCAGGUCAACAAUUCCACGUAUAACGAGCCUAACUGUAUUAGACCGAUUAGUGAAGAAGAAGAACACAAGAAAAUGACUAAAUCUUAUGGUAGCUCAAAUAUAAUGAUGCAAUUUCUUAAGCGUUCAAAUAAAGAUAGUACUUGUGAUCAAACAAAUCCUGGCAACAAUUCUAGUUAUGAUGUUUCACACAAGAAUAUUGAUGCAAUAAAAAAAGAGGAAGCAAAUCAAUAGAAUAUACAUAUACAUUUAUAUUUCCUUUAUUUUUAAUCAAUAGAAAAUUUUCAUUACUAAGCAUUUAUUAAAUUUCAGAUUAAAAUUUUGGCACAUAAUAUAAUAUAAAUAAUCUUGUUUUCGAAAAGAAAA